GGAAGUUGCUAGUACCUAGUAUUUGGGCUUCAAACGCUGAUAGAAAGCUUGUGCUGGUGAAAAGAGCAUGGACGAGCUUGGCUUGGGACAAGAGUUUCUCACGUGGCAACAGUUUAGUACCUUUUUUGAUGACUGGUCAGAAAGGCACAAAGUGCUCUUUAUUAUUGCUAGUCUAAAGCCAUUGCUCUCCUUCAGAAAGAAUCCUCUCCCUCAUGCCAAAAAUCUCGCUAAGACGCUGCGGUUCCGUUUUGUGAGACUGAUUUGCAAACACAGUGGGACUUACGCCGGACAAAGCAUUGUACGUCGGAACCAAAAUCAAGAAAAAAUUGAUUGUCCAGCUUCAAUCACAUUGCGCCUUCACCCAAAAAGGGAUCGUCUUGUUGUCAUUGAGGCAAAUAUUUUUCACAACCAUAAUUUGUCAGCAGUGGAAUUUUCUCAUUAUUUCAAACGACACCAACUGGAGGCCAGUAUGGGAUUGCCAAUUCGUAUAACAAACAAUGUCUCAAAGCGUUUCUUGGCACCUGAUAUUGUGUGGAACCUAGAAGAAUACAGCAAGGCUAAAGAUCAGGGUAUGUGUGAUCUACUCAAGGAAUUUGACAUUCUCUUCAAAAAUGAUCCUAUGGCAAAGGUCAAAUUAGUUUUUCAGGAAGAUGCUGCAGUUAUCAACAGUAUUUUUAUUUCUACAUCCCAUAUGGGAAAUCUAGUGCAAUCUUUUCCUAGGAUCCUUUAUAUGGGUAACGUGCUCCAUGUAAAUGAAGAAUUUGAACUGUAUACUGUACUGUGUCAAGAUGCCAAUGGCAGAGGACGAGAGUGUGCCUACUGCAUUGCAAGGAAGGGUACACCAGAUCUUCUUGUGUUUAUAGUUGCUUCUUUGGUUCAGAGUGUUCCCACCAUCAAGUUCAAAGUCAAGUGCAUCACAGUCGGCGCUAACAUACCUGAUGGUGUCUCUCUAAAUGAUGUUUUGCCUUGUACCAAAAUACAGAUAUGUCGAUCCCAAGUUCUAGAAAACUUACACAGCAAAGCAAGAGAGUUAGGAACCCCCAAGACAGAAAAAAUCCAGACUUUGCUUUAUAACAUGGCUUAUUCUGACUCAGCCAAGACAUAUGCCCAGUGCUUAAAUGAGCUUGAAAACGUUUGUUCUGUGAACUUUUUCCAGUAUUAUCUGGAGAAGUGGCAUCAGAACAAGAGCAUGUGGGUGGCGUGUUGGGCUUUUGACAGAAAAAGGAAAUGUUGCUUCAUGGAUCACAUGAAUUUUCACAUCCAGAAACUUAAUUCUAUAUUGCUCCCACCAGUCACGUUAUCUGUUUGUAUGCGAGAACUUUUACAUUUGGAGGUUUUAAAGACUGGAAUUACGGACGUGAACCAGGAAAAUAUUGCAGUGCUUUAUCAUUCAGUGUGCUCAGCUGAGUCGGCUUCUCAAAUAGAAGAGGAGCUUUCACUUGCUAGGCAGAGUACUCUGGACAUUAAAGAGACUGACAAUGGAUUUUUGGUGGGUGGUGGAAGCUGCUCUUUUACAGUUAACAAGGAGAUAACAUCAUGUAGCUGCUGCAUUUAUACUACAACAGUGUUGCCUUGUCGUCAUCUUUUCGCUGUUCGACUUUGGAGUGGAAAAUCUUUAUUUGAUGCUGGUCUCAUACAACACCAACCUAUAAAAACUCUUGAUUGAAUCUUCUGUGUUAAACAGAGGAUAAUUACAUAAACUCACUU